AUGAAUACAACUUUAAAUGUAUCAAUUAAAUUCAUAUCUAAUAUAAUCAAUAGUUACAAUUUCCCCAAUGCAACUAAGCCAUUAUUCAUUGGAGUUAAUGGUCCACAAGGUUCAGGCAAAACUUACUUGACUUUAAAUUUAACUAAUAAAUUACAACUACAAUAUUCAAACUUGAAUAUCAUUAGUUUUCUGAUUGAUGAUUUUUAUUUGACUUAUGAUGAUCAAUCAAAACUUACUCAAUUGGCAAAGCUAGAUGGGAAUAAGUUGCUACAAGGGAGAGGAUUGCCUGGUACUCAUGAUUUGUCGUUACUAAAUACUCUUUUGGAGAAAUUAGUUGAGAAUUAUAAGAAUAACAAGUGGGAGACUGUACAUUUGCCUUUUUAUGACAAAUCCUUACACGAGGGCCUUGGAGAUCGACUGGAAAAAGACAAAAUAAGUUUAGACAAACCAAUUGACGUGAUACUAUUUGAAGGUUGGUUCAAUGGAUUUAUGCCAUUGGAUUUUGAUCAAUUAAGGUUAAACUAUUUCACGCAAACACCAAGUUCCAUCCUACAACAACACCCGCUACAUUUUGUGGAAGAUAUCAAUAAGAAACUUAUUCAAUAUGUUAAAGUAUGGAAGUAUUGUCAAUAUUUUAUAAUAAUAAAAUCAGAUUCAAUCGAAAAUGUCUAUAAAUGGAGACUUGAACAAGAACAUGAGUUAAUUAAACUUAAAGGUAUUGGAAUGUCAGAUGAUCAAGUGGUGAAAUUUGUCAAUAGGUAUAUGCCUAUUUAUAUUUUAUAUUAUGGUAACUUGGUUGCAAAUGGAUCAGAUUUUGUUAAAGAAAAUUUAAUUUUAAAUAUUGGUAUAAAUCGGAACUUACUAUCUUAUAGGACCAUUGAAACAAAUACUUAG